CUCAACGCGGCGCCGCCCCCGGCCGAGGCCGCCCGGUAAAGAUGGCGUGGUUGGCGUUGUGGAGGCUCGGGCCGGCCUUGGUACCGCGCUGUUCGUGCCUCUCUGUCCGCCCGCAGGUCCCCGCGGUGAGGAGGCUGAGCACCGGCUCGCUGCUGCUGUCCGCCCGCAAAUUCACAGACAAGCAUGAAUGGAUAUCAGUCGAAAAUGGCAUUGGAACAGUAGGAAUCAGCAAUUUUGCACAGGAAGCAUUAGGAGAUGUUGUUUACUGUAGUCUUCCAGAAGUUGGGACAAAAUUGAAUAAAGAUGAUGAAUUCGGGGCUCUGGAAAGUGUGAAAGCUGCCAGUGAGCUCUACUCUCCUCUCACAGGAGAAGUGACUGACAUUAAUGCUGCCCUUACAGACAACCCGGGGCUCGUCAAUAAAUCUUGUUAUCAAGAUGGUUGGCUUAUCAAGAUGACUGUGGAAAAGCCUGCUGAACUUGAUGAACUGAUGAGUGAAGAUGCUUAUGAGAAAUACAUAAAAUCCAUUGAGGACUGAGCUGGAAUAAUGAAAUAAACCCAUAUAAAAUAUUUCAA